UGUUGGGGUGGGCAGAACACCGGGCGUCAGAGAGGGAGCGAGAUCUAUUCACACACACUCUUAUAUUGCUUGAGUGCUCAGGGUUCGGCAGAGUGCCUUGAGAAUCUCUUGUAGGCUACCCUGUUUUUCAAAUAAAAACGUUUUCCAUUGAGACCUAAUAGCUCGUUUUUAACAAUUUCUCUACAACAUUCAAGGGCUGAAUAACUCUUUAUUACUCUCAAAGAGAGUGUUAGCCUCGAGGCGUUGACUCUGUGAGUGCACAUUUAUUUCGUCCAGCAAAAUGGCAAAAGAUGAGAAGAAGAGCGCGUGGAAAGAGUUCUUCUGGAACCCGAGGACGCGCGAGUUCUGUGGGAGGACCGCGAGCAGUUGGGGUCUGAUCCUGCUGUUUUAUCUGGCAUUCUACAUUUUCCUGGCUGGAUUAUUUGCUCUCACCAUGUACGUAAUGCUACAGACACUCGACGACCACAAGCCAACAUACCAAGAUAGACUUGCUACUCCAGGGAUGAUGAUCAGGCCUAAAGGAGAGCAGUUGGAGAUAGAUUACACAGUGGAGUACACAGAGACCUGGGAAAGAUAUAUCCAGGCCCUCGAUAACUUCCUCUCUCCCUACAAUGACUCAGUCCAGGCCCAGAAGAAUUACGAGUGUAGACCGGAUCAGUACUUCAUCCAGGCGGACAGCGGCAGUUUGAAAAACUUCCCCAAGCGUUCCUGCCAGUUCAAACGCUCCAUAUUGGAGGAUUGCUCUGGGAUCAAGGACCGUUAUUAUGGUUACAAUGAGGGCAAGCCCUGCGUCAUCAUCAAGCUCAACCGUGUGAUCAAUUUUCUUCCUUCUUCAAACAGCAACCCUCCUUACGUCACAUGUGGUGCUAAGAAAUACAAAGUUGGGAAAGACGAGUGGGCGGAUGACACAGACAAAAUUGGUGAAAUGAUGUACUUUCCCCCCAAUGGCACCUUCAAUCUUAUGUACUAUCCAUACUACGGCAAGAAAUCCCAGGUAAACUACUCUCAGCCUCUAGUGGCCAUUAAGUUCCUCAACAUCACCAUGAAUGAGGAUGUCAACGUGGAGUGCAGAAUCAACGCUGACAACAUUAAAGCGGGCAGUGACCGAGACAAGUUUGCUGGGCGCAUUUCCUUCAAACUGAGAAUCAACUCCAGAUUUUAAAUAGAUGACAGUGUGUUCCUUUAUUUUACACACACACUCACACACAGAGAGAGAGAGAGAGAGAGAGAGUGUAUGAUUAUGCACAGAAGGCACAGCUAGAGACAUAAAGACAGGCACGUCAAUCUUCAGCACAGGCAGGAAUAAUAUUUAAAUAUUUCAAAGCAUUGUAAUCUUUUCUUCAUUUGAGACUGUUGUGAGGCUGUAGAUAGUUAUCAAGGUUGUGGCUUUGUGUGUAUUAAUGUGUGUACAUCUGUGUGUGUGUGUGUGUGUGUGUUUGCAUGUGUGAGUUGAGAUAUUACAGUAUUUAUUUUCUGAAACAAAAGUUAAACCGCAUGCUCGGCUAUGAGAGCUAUUUAUUAAAUAAUUCAUUAUUCUAUUAAACAAUAUUAAAAAUAAAGGGACAUCAUUUUUUAAAAGGAGAAAAAGUCAGAACUUAAAAAAUGCUGUAUUUCUUCCAUUAGUAGCAGUAAUAAUUUAUCAGAAAAUAAUUAUGAUUUUAAAGCAGUUGUCUAUGACUUAAUGUGCUAUGCUGGCAGGAUCUCAUGUUCGGAGUGAGAUAUCAGUUGUGAAGAGUGGUACUGAAACCUCUCCUCUGUCUGAUUUGUGACUUUAUAAGUGAAGAGGAUAUUUUAUACCAACAUGUAGAUAGCACUGAUCAAAGUCAGCUCAACAUUCAUCUUCAACACACAUGAAAAAUCUGAUACGUUAUGAUUCAUACAAACAUUUCUGCAUUUCUUUUGGUUUCGGCACUGACUGUCAUAUGCGUCACGUUUCAUUUAUCAGGAGGCGUGUCUAUUUAAGUUUGUUUAUAUGUAUAAAUAGAUAUUUUGCAGUAUUUUCCUUUCUUUUUUGCAUGUGUAAUCCUAAUUGUCUCAUGUGGUGAGGUGAUGUUUUGUAUUGAUUUGCACCUGCUCAGAGGAUUACAACAGGCCUGGGUUCAGUUCAAAAUCUGACAAAAUAGGUAGAAAAAGUUGAAUAUGUGUGUGUGAGAAUACGUAUGGAUUUCUACAUGUGUGUGUGUGUUUUAUUUUAUUUUAUUUCUUUUAUGUUAAUCUUUGUGCACAAUUUACUUUCUUAAUAUUUUUGGAUUUUGUUGUAAGUGAUUCCAUAGAGACAGAUAGAGAGGCUCUAAGACCAGGAACAGCAGGCUUAUGUCUCUGCUAAUAGGGGAGACAGAAGUGAAUCCAACCUAGUCCUCACCCUGCAUGAGUCAAUAAAACAAACAACAACAAAAACAAGGUCACCCACCUCAUUUCUCAUCAUUUUCAUAAUCUCUUUUCGUUUUUAUGUUUUGCUUUGAGCACAUACACCUCAUUCUCUGUGAGGUGUCUUGUGUUUCAUGUUUAGGCUACUGUCUUACAGAGAAGAGAAUGGAUCACCCAUUAGAAUGUACACACACGCUUCUCUGUGUCGUAGUCGCUAUGACAAGAGUUUGUGUGUGUACACCUCCUCUAAUGCCCUAAUCCUUUAAUCUCAAUAGAUAAUCCAAGUAUGGUGCUCUACACACCAACAUCUAUCUAUCUAUCUAUCUAUCUAUCUAUCUAUCUAUCUAUCUAUCUAUCUAUCUAUCUAUCUAUCUAUCUAUCUAUCUAUCUAUCUAUCUAUCUAUCUAUCUAUCUAUCUAUCUAUCUAUCUAUCUAUCUGACAUAAGUUUAGUGUCUUCAUUUAUUGAAGAAUAUUUAAAUUGAGUCACAAAAUAGUUCAUUACAUUUGAUCACAUUCACAUGUUGCUCUGUGAUGUCUGUAUUGCAUUUUUUUUUUGUGCUAGGUAAGGAUGUUAUCUGACCCAGCAGAGAAAGCUUCAAAUCAACAAAAUGAAAUAUUCAUUUACCUCAGGUCCCAGCUCACAUAUCAUUACAGUAACUUGAUCCUGUUCAAUUAUAGUCAUGCACACUCUGGAGUGAAACAUCAACAUAAUUCUAAUUGUGCAAUAUAAUUCCAAUAUUGUUCUAAUUGUUUUUGAGGAUGCUGUUCAUUUUUAAUACAAUGCUUAAAAAGGCAUGUAAGUGCAUACUUUGUUGCUUGCAGGGAAUGCAGGCUUGGAGAUUUUGUAAACAGCGCCCCCACGCCACCAACCGUUUCUAUAGGUGAACUACACAUUUAAUAGUACUAGCAUGUGGAUAUCAAAGUUCACCCAAAAUUAUGUCAUCAUUUACUCACCCUCAAGUUGUUACAAACCUCUAUGAGGUUUUUUUUCUCAUGUUGUACACAAAGGAAGACCCAUUGACUUCCAUGUUUGUUUGUUUGUUUGUUUGUUUGUUUUUUCCUACUAUGGAGGUCAAUGGCUACUACCAACUGUCUGGUUACAAACAUUCUUUAAAUUAUUUUAUAGUUUAUCAGUAGAAAGAAACAGGUUUGGAACAACUUGAAGGCAAGUAAGUGAAGACAGAACUCCAUGUUUGGGCGAACUAUCCCUUUAAUAUGCAUCUUUUGAAAAGCAAUAUGUUUUUAUUUUGUGUCCAUUUCGUGUAUGAAGAAGAGUUACAUAAUACAUGUUUAUUUACCUUUGGAAUGGCUGAUCAUGAAGAUAAUUAUGUAUUAGUAGCAUAUAUUUAAAUGAUUAGAUGUGUUUUAAAAUCACAUGCAAUACAGAAAAGAUAUAAAAAGUAUAUUUUCAAAGAACCUAUAUUUUUAUUUUUGUUGAGCAUUUUAUGAAAAAAAGCAUGUACCAGCUGGGGAAUGUAUACGAUAGAUAUUAAGCUUUGCAGUGCUUAUAAAGGAGGUCACAAGACUUAGACCAAGAAAGUAAAGAUUUAUUGUCACUAUAUAGUCUGCCUUUGAAAUACUAAAAUAUAUGCAACUUUUAUGUUUCAUAUAAUUUCACAGUGAUAAUACAGAUCAUAGCAAAGAUGAUUAUUAACCAUGUGAACUGAACAGCUUUUGAAAACAAGGUGACAAGUCAUCCAUCUAAUGUAUAUGAAGCAUAUGAAAAUAGAAAAUGCUGUGGUUUGGAUGUAUUUGAACAGAUGGAGUGGGUUGUGUAAACAGGCCCAGCAACAACACAGAACAAAACUGCAGUUCAUUCGAUAUGGCUCAAUGUUCACACAGAACUGGACAUUGCACAAAGUGUGCUGAAAUGUUUGAUGAACUAUAAGUGGGUGAAAUUAUAUAGUCAGUUAAAUUAAUUAUAUGAACACCCUAUAUACGUUCAGACGCUUAAUCUAAUCUAAUGUAUUGAAAUAACAAACUUAAUAAAAUGAACAAAAAUACACUGUCUGCUCUUCAUCAAUAAAAUCUGCAUUAGAAAUUGCACCAGAACUCAAUUCUGGUGGGUUAAAACCAAGAUUUCUUGGGUUUACAUUAGUGAUAUCUGUUUAACUAAAACAGACUAAUAAAGAGCAGAGCUGGCAUACCCACACAAUUGCAUGCUUAGUAGUUUCAUUGUCCAUAAGAACAUGAAUGCCAUCUGUGUUUGUGUAAGUUAGCCGUUAUAAAUCAUUUUCAUGCAUGUUAGUAGCAGUGGUCAUUAUGCGAAACUUUAUGAAAAACUGCCUCAGCUAUAAUCCGAAUUAUGGCCAAUUUCAUUGCAAUAAAUACUGAGUUUUGAUUUGAAAACAUUUCUUUAUUUGCAUGAGCUUUGGUUUCCUGAAAUAAUAUGCAUGUGUGACUCAAUGCAAGGUUACAUAUCCAUUUUUAUGUUUAAAAAUGUGAUUCCAUUUCAUAAAUAUUAUCAUUAUAAUAUCUCUAAAUCUCGAAAUAUUUAGAAAGAAUGUUUUAAGCAAAACGUUUCAGUACAUUUUCAAGUUUACUGUUAAAAAUUAUUGUAAAGUAAUAUAAUUUAGCCACAUUUAGCCAAUUUUAGCCACAUUGAGAGGUUUCUGUAAACCAACCACUUACGUAAAGAAAACAAGUGAAAUAAAAUAGUUGCAGUGCUGUCUAGUUUGUCAUCAUGUCAUCGUGCCAGAAUAGAUGAAGGUGUGUGUGAGGGUUGAAUAUAUCGCCUGGAAAAUCAUUAGGUAUCAGUAGCACAGUUAUAAAACUGAAUUUGAUAAGUAUAUGGAUUGUAAAAACGUUGUUCUGCUAAAACUGAACUUACAUAACAAAGUCUGUCACUUUUUCUGUGCCUGCAUUGCUGGAUCUUUCAUAAUCAACUUCAAUUAUGGUGCAAAACGGCUAAUGUCUUCACAAAAUCAAUGCAUGUUUUUUUUUCUCUCCAAUAUCAGGAAAACAGAUGACAAACUCCAAGCACAGCAUGUUGACCAGUUGCUUAGUUUCUAUAAAAAGUUAUGUUAACAAUAUUAAUUAUUGAUUUAUAUUCUGUAUUUAUGUAAAUGGUCUUCUAUGUAAAUGUAUAUGACAAUUACAAUACAGAAUAU